AUGCACCUUCAAGGAGUAGCUGAUGAAAUCAUGUAUAGGGCCUUCCCCACGACGCUGAAGGGUGCAGCAAGAAUUUGGUUUAACCGCUUGACGCCUAGCUCCAUCAGCACUUUCAAAGAGCUAAGCGUUCAGUUUACUGCGCACUUCAUCGGGGGACAUAGGUAUAAAAGGUCUACGGCUUGCUUGAUGAGCAUCAAGCAGCGAGAGGACGAGACGUUGAGAUCCUACAUAUCCCGCUUCAAUAAGAAAGCACUCUCGAUCGACAAAGCCGAUGACAAGAUACUUGUAGCGGCCUUCACGAAUGGGCUACGAAAGGGAAAGUUUUUGUUCUCCCUAUACAAGAACGACCCAAAGACCAUGUCAAAUGUACUUUACAGGGCCACAAAAUACAUGAAUGUUGAAGACGCGUUGUUAGCUCGAGAGGAAAUGCCUAAGAAAAGGGAGAGACAAGAAGACAUGCUGCAAGACCAAGGGUGGAAGAAGGCAAGAACAGGAUAUCGAAGGGAUGAAAGGCGCUCCAGGCCCUCGGGAGGAAGGUUCACAACCUUCACCCCGUUAACUGCCCUAAUAAACCAAGUCCUAAUGCAAAUAAAGGACGAGGAGGCCCUGACCUACCCUGGAAAGCUGAAGGGAAAUCCUAACAAGUGA